AUGUCAAAAGAAUUAAUUAUUCAAGAGUCACGAAAGCGUACAAGGAAAAAUGAUGAUGGUAGAGAUAAUGUUUUGUCAAUUGUGAUUUGGAAGUACUAUAUUAAACCAGUUAGUCACAAUACUGAUUGUUCCGAUGACAUUAAGUGGAGGUACUUUAGGGGUGUUGUUGGAGCCCUUGAUGGGACCCAUAUAAAAAUGACGGAAGGAUCGGCUUCAGAUCCUCGCAUCCUUCGCAAUGCUCUUCGGAGGCCUAAUGGACUGAAAAUACCUAGGAAUAAAUUUCUUCUUGUUGAUUUGGGAUUCACUAAUGGUGAAGGAUUCUUAGCUCCUUAUAAAGGUACUCGGUAUCAUUUAAAUUUAAGACAUUCAAGUUGUUUUGGAAAGAUGACUCAAGUUAGAAUUGUAAAUGCUUGUUUUAUACUCCAUAAUUUCUUGAGGGAAGAGAAACUGGAAGAAGGGGAUUUAUUACAUGAGGUAGAUAAUGAAUUAUCAAAUGUAACCGGAAUUGAUGAAGAAGAGGAAGAAGCUUACAUUUCACUUGUGCGUUCAUCACCCAAGUGGAAUAAAUUUAGAGAUGAGCUUGCAAUAAAAAUGUUUGCGGAUUACCAAAGGCGAAGGGCACAACCUAGUAACAAUUAA